GAGGAGGAGGGAGGGGGAUCAGACUGGGCUCACAGCAUCGACGCUCUGUCUGUCAGAUUGAGGAGAAAAUUAUCAAGCAAAAUGGGAAAUACGGAUUCAAAGCUGAAAUUUCGGAAAGCGGUAAUACAGCUGACUACUAAAACACAGCCAGUGGAGGCCACAGAUGAUGCCUUUUGGGACCAGUUUUGGGCAGACACCGCCACCUCCAUACAGGACGUGUUUGCUCUUGUGCCAGCAGCAGAGAUCCGAGCAGUGAGGGAGGAAUCACCUUCCAAUUUGGCAACCCUGUGUUACAAGGCAGUGGAGAAGUUGGUGCAGGCAGCCGAGUCGGGAUGUCCCAGCGAGAGAGAGAAGCAGGUAGUGCUAAACUGUACUCGCAUUCUCACUCGAAUCCUGCCGUAUAUUUUUGAGGACCAGGAUUGGAGAGGUUUCUUCUGGUCCACUGUUCCUGGGGCAGGCCGAGCUGGGGUGGACGAGAUGGACGACGACGAUGAUGGGGCUCGGCCCCUGGCAGAGUCGCUUCUGCUGGCCAUCGCCGACCUGCUUUUCUGUCCGGACUUCACCGUGCAGAGCCACAAGAGAGGAGGUCCCGACUCAGUUGAGGACAUGCAGUCUUUAGACAGCUGCGAGUACAUCUGGGAAGCUGGGGUGGGCUUUGCACAGUCCCCUCCACUCAACUACAUCCAUGAUAUGAAUAGGACAGAGCUAUUAAGGUUGCUGCUGACCUGUUUCUCUGAGGCCAUGUACCUGCCUCCAGCUUCAGAUGGGAACAUCCUCAACCCCUGGGUCACCUUUUUUUGCUCUACUGAGAAUAGACAUGCUCUGCCUUUGUUUACCUCCUUGAUCAACGUGGUGUGCGCGUAUGACCCAGUGGGCUACGGCAUUCCCUACAACCACCUGCUGUUCUCCGACUACCGGGAGCAGCUGGUAGAGCAGGCAGUCCAGAUCCUUAUCGUCACUCUGGAGCACGAAAACAUUCAGCCUCAGCGCGCUCCCUCCCCCUCCAGCAUGGACGAGCAGGAUUCUGCUGGCCCUCAAAACCUCUUUGUGAACUACCUGUCCAGAAUCCACAGGGAGGAGGAUUAUGACUUUGUGCUGAAAGGCCUGGCUCGGCUGCUGACCAACCCGCUCACUCAGACCUACUUGCCCAACUCCACCAAGAAGAUCCAGUUCCACCAAGAGCUGCUGGUUCUCUUCUGGAAACUCUGUGAUUUCAACAAGAAAUUCCUGUUCUUCGUGCUGAAGAGCAGUGAUGUUCUUGAUGUCCUGGUACCCAUUCUCUACUACCUGAAUGAUGCCCGGGCUGACCAGUCCCGUGUUGGUCUCAUGCACAUUGGGGUGUUCAUUUUGCUUCUGCUGAGUGGCGAGAGGAAUUUUGGGGUGCGUCUUAACAAACCCUACUCUCUUCGUGUACCUAUGGAUAUUCCAGUUUUCACUGGCACACAUGCUGACCUUCUGAUUGUGGUUUUUCACAAGAUCAUUACAAGUGGACAUCAGCGUCUGCAACCACUCUUUGACUGCCUACUCACCAUUGUAGUGAAUGUGUCUCCUUACCUGAAGAGCCUGUCCAUGGUGGCAGCCAAUAAGCUCCUGCAUCUUUUGGAGGCCUUCUCCACAAACUGGUUUCUGUUCUCGGCUGCUCAGAACCAUCACUUGGUCUUCUUUCUGCUGGAGGCCUUUAACAACAUAAUCCAGUAUCAGUUUGAUGGCAACUGCAACCUGGUAUACGCUAUUAUCCGCAAGCGUAACGUCUUCCACCAGCUGGCCAACCUACCCGCUGAUUCUGCAACAAUUCAAAAGGCACUGCAGAAGAAGAAGAAAUCUCCCGAUGCCAUGUCUCGCACCAACUCCCAGGAGACAGUGUCCAUGGAGGGCUCUCGACCCGCUGUACCUGCCGAGCCGGGCACACUGAAGGCCAGCCUUGUGGCCAUGCCAGGUAUUGAUAAACUAACAGAGAAGUCCCAAGUAUCAGAGGAUGGUACCAUGGUCUCAGUGCCACAGAGAGAAUCACCACGUUCACCGGAACAUGGCGGCAUAAAUGGAGCCAGUGACACAGAGUCCAACUCGGGAAGAGACAACGAGGACGUCUUCUACACAGAGGCAGAAAUGGCCAGAAGACGUCUGUCAAGUGCAUCAUCAGCUGCGACAUACUGGACACCGACGCCAGAGUGGGUGCUGACCUGGAAGAGUAAGCUUCCUCUGCAGACCAUCAUGCGCCUGCUGCAGGUUCUGGUACCCCAGGUGGAAAAGAUCUGCAUUGAUAAGGGUUUGACAGAUGAGUCUGAAAUUCUGAAGUUCCUUCAGCAUGGCACGCUAGUGGGGCUGCUACCUGUUCCUCACCCUAUCCUAAUCCGAAAGUACCAGGCCAACGCUGGCACUGCUAUGUGGUUCCGCACAUACAUGUGGGGCGUUGUGUAUCUUCGCAACGUGGACCCGCCAAUCUGGUACGACACAGACGUCCGCCUCUUUGAGAUCCAGAAGAUGUAGAAGCUCUGUGCUUUGAGCUGCCUGUCAUUGACUCCAGAAGAGUUGAAUGAUCCGUCUCAGCUCUUUACCCACAACAUGACCACCGCCACCAGUCCGCUCAUUCAAAGCUUGUCUGAGUUCAUCACAAUGCUGUAACUCUGCUCUCCAAGGCUCACUUGAUAAAAUUAGACUUAUGCUUAGACUUCACUGGUUUUAGUCAGUCAGAUAUUGUGUACCAGCUAGAAAUCUGUACUGAGUUUAUGUGUGUAGACGGCUGCUGUACAAAAGAUAGUGUUUCUAUAUAUAGCUCUGCACUUAGAUAAAACCAUGCGUGUAAUGUCUAGCAGUUUAGACCUCAGACCACUGAGACUCGAGUCUGUUCACUGUGCAUUAAUGAGUCGUCUAACAACUGGAAUAUAAAUUACCACUGUAUAUAAACCAUAUGAUCUAUUAGUAUGAUGGUAAGCAAAGCUGAAAGCCUGCUAAAUCUGGUUGCUUUUAGUCUGAUGGUGAAUGGCAUUGUGUGACCCUUGGCAUAUCUGUGACUGUGUUGCCUUGUACGUGCCACUAGUCGGCGGUAUAACUUCAGUUGUUUUUUAUUUACUCUGUCGGCAUGGUAUUAGUUGAAAUUGUGACUAAAUUCAAUAAUUCAGACAGGGACAGACUUCAGGCCGGUGUGGUUCCCAUAGUUCAUGGGUAUUCAGCUGUAAACUGUUUGCUAAAUGCCAAUGAGAAAUGUUUGUGACCUUAUAUUACUAUUUUUGUCUGCAUAUCAGAUUUGCUAAUGAAAUGGUGUAAUGUAUAUAAUGUGCUCAGUGUUUAAAGUCAGAUUUUUGUCUCAAUAUAUAAAAUAUCUCUACAGAUCUCCAAAAGGUCAAAA